UUUUAGUAUGUUACUGGUUUACCAUGAAUAAGAUAAGUGGAAUUAAUUUAUUUAAGUUUUUUUUUGUUACUCUUAAUAACUGACAUUGUUCUGGGUGGAAAGACAUGCUCCAUUUUGAUUCCCAUUUCUGUAAUUCAUCUAAUUCUCUUUGUAAAAUUUCUGUAUCUUGUGUUGUUUUUAUUGUUCUAUAUAUUAUGCAUCGUCUGCGAAUAAUCUGACUUUUGUUCCUGAAGUAAUGCAAUUUGGUAAAUCGUUUAUGUAAAUUAAAAAUAGUAGUGGACCUAAGACUGUUCCUUGAGGUACGCCUGAGUUUACUAUUAUUGGUGUUGAUUUAGAGUCAUUUAUUAUUACAGUUUGUUCUCUCCCUAUCAGAAAAUCUUUAAUCCACUGAUGCAAUGGACUAUCAAUGCCAAAAUAUUUUAAUUUUUUAAGCAAACUAUGGUGGUGAACUUUGUCAAAAGCUUUGGAAAAAUCUAUUAAGAUUGCAUCUAUUUGCUCACUGUUAUCUAAACCUUUUGAAAAAUCAUCAAUUAGUCCUAUUAGUUGUGUUUCACAUGAUCUAAAUUUCCUAAAGCCAUGUUGGUAUGGAGUAAGGACAUUAUGUUUGUCUAAGUGAUUUAUGAUGUUGCUACACAUUAUGUGUUCUAGGAUGUUACAUGUGAUGCUGCUGUCCCUUUUUGCAUAGAACUGCAGGAGAUACAGAGAGAAGAUAUCACCUUAGGUACUAUAAGACUGGCACUUGUGUGUAUGAGACUGAUUCCAAAGGAAAUUGUACUAAAAAUGGACCCCAUUGUGCAUUUGCUCAUGGAGCUCAUGACAUGAGGCCACCUGUUUAUGAUUCAACAGAAGUUCAGCCUUCAAUGGAUAUUCUAGAUAAGAAAUCAACUUCACCUGGUUCCUUAGAAAAAGAUAAAGUACUUGCUGAAGAUCCUCGUUGGAAUGAUACCAACUUUGUCUUAGCUAAUUAUAAAACAGAACCAUGUAAGAGACCUCCUAGACUUUGUCGACAAGGAUAUGCUUGUCCACAGUUCCAUAAUACUAGAGAUAGGAGAAGAAGUCCAAAACUAUUUAAAUAUAGGUCAACACCGUGUCCAAAUGUUAAACAUGGAGAUGAGUGGGGUGAUCCGACCCAAUGUGAAAGUGGAGACAAUUGUUCGUAUUGCCACACCAGAACAGAACAACAGUUUCAUCCUGAGAUCUAUAAAUCUACUAAAUGUAAUGAUAUGGUUCAAACCAAUUGCUGUCCUAGAGGAGCAUUUUGUGCAUUUGCUCAUGUAGAGCAGGAAAUUUCCAUAGUUAGAGAUGUAUUAUCAAGUCUAAGUACCAACUCUUUAGCAGCUUUUGUAACUAAUGUUUUGCCUUCUUGUGAAACAUCAAAUAAAUUAGAGUCAAUAGCAGGAAAGGAUGAACUUAAUGGAAAAGAGGAAGUGAAUUUCUAUUUCAAACAGACUAAUGGGAAAUCAGAUAUGAAGCUUCCUAAUCCAAUUGGUAAAGAAAGAGCUAACAGUAUAUCAUCUCAACCAAGUUUAAUAUCAAUGAGUCUGCUAAGUAGUAGUAAUAACGGAAGUGGAUUCAGGAAUAGUCCAUUACCAGAUCCAUUUUCAAAAGCUAGAUCUUGUAGUGUUAGUUCAGAUUACAAUAAUUCACCUCUAUACAUGCGAGCUCCAGGCUUUGAAAGAGAUGAAUAUCAGUUAAAGUUGCGACAGCAGUUGAUAUCAAUAGAGAAAGAUACCUCAAUUGAUGCAGCUGAAAAGACCAAACGUAAAGAGAAUCUUCUAUUAAUUCAUCAAGCUGGCUUGUACAAUCACUUAGGACAUAACCUCUCACUCAGUCUUGGAUCUACAACCAUGUCUCCUCUGGCACCAGCAUUUUACCCACCAGGUGACUGUGUGGAGUCUGUGCUAGGUAAGGCACUAGAUGAAAUUCACUUGGAUGACUUAGACAUGGGAACAUUAGAACGAGAACUAGACAAAGAUAUGGAUGCCAACUCAGUGAGCAGCUCAAUCAGUGCUGGCCUUUCAACUUCAGGCUGCUUCAGCAACAACUCUUCUAUACCUAUUGGCAUUCCAUUCAGUAGAAUUGCACAGCGAGGUAGCAUCAGCAGCUUGUCUCAGAGCCCACCUUCUCCUUUUGGGAGUUUCCCACACAGCAUGCAACCUUUACAAUUACAGAAACAGGAUUCAAAUGACCAUUCUUCCUCACCUCUGCUGAACUGCUACUCUGGUAUGAGCAAAUAUCAGAUGGGCUCCAAUUUAAGUGAUACCAAUUCAAUGUCUCCACGGAGUGCAGGACCACAGUCUCCCAUGCUUUCUGGGUCUUUCAGCACUCAUCUUCAAAAUGGAGAAGUGCACAAGCUUAGAGAAGAACUCAUGAUGGCAAAGUCCAAAAUGGCUGAAUGGGAAGGUGUAUACACCCAAGCCAAAUGUGCGUGUGAUGCUUGGAAGAAAGAAGCAGAAGAUGCUAACAGAAAGGCAAAGCUUGCAGAAGAAGAAAGACAACAAGCUGUUAAACAGAAGGAUGAUAUCACUUCACAGUUACAUCGGGUGCAGCAAGUUAUUGCUAUGACAGGAGGACCCCAUAUUUAUGCAUUGUCAAGAUCUAGUGAGUUGGAUAAACUUAACAUACAACAACUACAGCAACUAAAAAUACAACUACAACAAGAUGUGGACACAUUGGAAAAGGUAAUGCUUCAAAAAUUGGGCAGGAAAGUUUGAUGUGGGUGAUAUUUAGGAUACAUCUAAUUAACACAGGCUGAAAGGUUCUUAUGGGCAGUUUGCAAUACAGAGAGUUGGACAUAAGCAUACAAAGAAAGUUUAGUCUCUGUUUUUAUAUAAGUAUAUUUUUCUUUACUUGCUUAUUAAUUUUGUCUUGUAUCUCUUGGAAAUUUUUUGUUUUGUAAAAUAAUACAAAAACUGAUUUGUUCUAGAUAAAUAUAUUGUAAAUAAAUAGCUGUGAAAUAUAAAUAUAUUAAGAUAUAUAUUUUAGCUGUUUUUUUUUUUUUUUUUUUUGUUGUUUUUUUUUAGACUGUAAAUAUACUUGUUAAUGUGAAUUAUCAUAUAUAAAUUAAAACAAAAUUAAUAAUGUAAAUAGUUAGCUUUGUUCAUUGUUAAGCUUGAAUUUAAGACCAUAAUGUGUAUAUAUGUAUUUGUUCAAAGGAAAAUUUAUCUUCAAAGUGCACAUAUUUCAAAGUAUUAAUUCUGAUACAUUAUUUCAUUGUUAGAAAAUUUUCAUAUUGUAUUUUAUUAAUGAAGCAUUUAUACAAUUUUCUAGGUCUAUUUACUGUAUUCAUGAACAUUUUAUUCAAUAUCUUUUAAAAACAUAUAAUUGAAUUAUGCUAAUUUUGAUUUAUUGAAAUUUUUUUUUCAUCUGGUUUCUGUAUGUUAAUUUUUGUUUCUUCCCCCUUUCUUAUGUGGGCAGCUUAAUUGGUAAUUGAAAUAAAAUCACUCUUCACUGCUGAAAUGUCAUUUAGAAGGUGCUUUUGUUUUACUGUUGCAGUUCAAGUUGUGAAGAAUAGGUAAUUAUGCUUUGCUUGUUAGUUUUACUCUGUAAUCUGCUUUGGUUAGUUUGCUUUGUUAUAAAACAACACCUGCCCACAUUACUGUAAAAAUUUUAAAAUGCUAAUUGAAAAUUAAUAAUGCGUAACUUUCUGAAGUCUAAAGUUGUUGAGAGUGAUAUAUAGUUCUAAAAAUGGCAAAAACUUUACUAAGAAAUGCAAAACAAAAGAGAUAUGUCACUGUUAUUAAAAGAUUAAUUCUAUAUUGUCUUAUAUUUUCUUGUCACUAUAUUGUUAUAUAUAUGUUUUAAAUGUUAUUGUAUAUUAAUAUGGACUAGAGAACUGCAGGUGAACAGUUCUGGUGUUUGCCUUUAUUGGGUCGUGUACAGUAUUUUUCAAUGUCAUGAUCAAAGAAGAAAAAAACAAACUUGUUUUUUUCUUUAUCAUAUUACUUAGCUCAAUGCACUUUAAAAACAGGCCCUAUCCGGCUUUCAACUUACGUAGCCAAUAAAUGUUCCCUAAUACGAUUUUAUGUUUGAUUUUGAUGUUCAAAAGUUGAUAGUUUUAUAUAUUAUAAUGAAGUUACUAAAAUACAUAUUGCCUAUUAAAAUUAGUUAGGUUUUGACUAGGCAGGAAAAUCAAUGACUUAAUAGUGUCUAAAUUUCUAAAAUGGUAAUCACAUAAGAAUGGAGGUUUUUUUCUCAACUGUGAACAUUUUUGAAUGUAAGUUUCCAUGUUGGAGAGUGCCUCGACAUAGUGUUAUUUUUCUAUGCUGUAUCAAUGUGUACACAAUUUAUUAGCACUUGCAUAAACAAUUUAGUUUUUCCAAUUAGUUUAUACUGUACAUUGUAAAGACGUCUAAUUAGUAAAGUUGUAUAGUCUAAUUUUGUUGUAUUUGUUAGUUCAUGUCUAUUUGAGCUCAUUUAUUACAAAGCAUCUUCAAUGUUUUCACUGCUGUAUUUAUUUGAGUUAUCUUCCCAUUCUUUGUCUCAUUUAUUGGCUGGACUUUGUCUACUUCUUAGAAAUAUUGUUCAGAAAUAAACAUUUAUAUCAGUUAGCUGAACAGAAUUAUAUAAGUGUAAAGAGAUAUGUUUUUAAUACAUUUAUUUGAACUAACAAUUGUCUGAACAUGCAGAAAAUGGAAGCUAUUAAUUUUUGUUUAAUCUGUGUUAGACCUUUUAAAAUACAUUACCUAUUUUGUGAAAUCAAUUUUAUUAUUAUUUAAGUAAGUUUAAAUAUUCUCACAAGAUUGUCUUUAAAAGUAUAGUUAGGCUGUGAUUAAUGUUUUUAAAUAUAAAUAUAUUUUGUAUCUUUUUUAUGUUAUUUUUUAAAAAUUGAUAUAUAACAAGUUAAAGCAUUAUGAAGUUUUUUUUUACUAUCAAAUUCUGUUAGUUUUAUUACAAACUGACAAACUGAUUGUUUAUAGGUUUACAAAAAAGAGUCUUUAUAUAUUGUGGUGCUCUGCUUAAUGAAUGUUCCUCAUAAUGAAAACAAACCAUUGCUUAGUGACUGACAAAACCUUAACCCACACAUUCACUUAGAAGUAGGAAAACUAGUGAACACAAUGAUUUUAACAUGCAGCAAUACAAAGUUCAAGCUCUGCUACAUUGAAUGCAAUAUAGAUUUGGUCUAAAAAAAAUUGUUCAUGCUUUUGAGUUACUCUAGUGUUAAAAUGCGCAUGUUUAAAGAUGAUCGUUAUCAGCAUGAGCUAUAAGCAUGAAAGUAGCGCUAUAUAAAAGAUUUAAUUUAAUUUAAUUUCAAGAAAAAAAAGCACUCUUAUUGAAAGGUAUAUUUUCUCAGUUGCUAGCUUGGGAAAGGUAUAAUCUUCAAAUCUGAAGGUACAUCCAAAACGUAUAACAAAAACAAUCUAAGGGUUUUCAAAGAUAGCAGCGCUGUUGUGGAAUAAAAUUAGAGUAGACAGUUUAAAACUUAAACUGAGAAAGUUCUUUCUUAAAUCAUGCACUAAUAUUUGAGUUCAGUUCCAGUUUCUGCUUGCAGCAAUUUUUUAAACAUUUUUUUAUACUGAGAUUUUAAAAAAAUGGGGCAAAUGUUAAAAACACAACUGAAACAUAGCUAGAUACAUAGCUAGAAAAGAUAAUUCUACUGUAAGCAAAUCAUCAGCUUAAGGCUAAGGCUCAUAUUUUUGUCAAACUUAGGUUUCAUUGUUGUAUGUUUUUUUAUACUAAUGAAUAUUUGUCAUUGAACUGCUUGAUUGCUGAUGAUUUUAUGUUGUCUACUAUUCAUCCUUCUUAACGUCUUGUCAUAAAACAUUGUGGAAAAUAUAUGUUCAAUGGUCUUGUGUGUGUGCAUAUUUUACCUCAUCUCACAUUUUUGUUAAUGCUGUAUCAAGUUUCUAAAUCAUCUACAGUGUUAUAUCAAUUUAGUUUAAAAAACUUGUAACAUUAAUAUCAAUUUUAUGAAUUAUUAGUUUGAUUUGAAUGUGAAUAUUUUUUUAUACUUAAAACAAUUAUUUUGUUUAAAUGUAUAUAUAUAUAAUUUAUUACUUCAUUAAUAGUAUACACUAUAUAUUAAAUACAUUAUAAUUAGAUAUUUGAAUUACUUAUUUCUUAUUAUAGUAUAGAGCUGUUUGCAUCAUAUUUGACUGCAAUUUUAGAAGACAUAUGAUUUUGUUUGUAUUAAUGUGCAUUAAGAUAUGUUUAUGUACUAGAUGUAUAUACACUAGUUGGUCUUCAAAUCAAAAUUGCUGAAGCUAUAUGAGAUGUCAGAAAAGGUUUAUUAAUUCUCUUCAAUAGAGAUCUGUUACCUAGUGAAUGUUGUUAGGUCAACUGUUACGCCAUCUUUAGGUUAUUUCUUAUUAUAGUAUAGAAACAUUGAAGCAGUUUUUGUAGGCCAAUAAUAUAGCACUAGUAGUGGCACUUUUUUUUUUAGAGUUUGUUGAUAUUUUUGGCAGAAAACAUUUUUUUGAACUGUUAGCUAAUUCAUUCCCUACUUUGUGUUUAUAGAAAAAGGGUAUGAUACUAACCUAAUUGUUACAUGGUUGACAGUGAGUUCACCAAAGUACUCUAACACAAUGUUAAAUUAAUGUGAUGUUUUUAGAAAAACAAUAGAUAUUGUUUGUUGUUGCUUUUCUGUUUACUGUGUCACAUUAGUUCAUGUUCUUCUUUGGCAUUAACCAUUGUAGAUGAUAUUUUUCUCUCCUUGUAAUGAGAUUUUACUGUUAAUAUCUCACAUUUUCAUUUUCUUAAUGGGAUGAUCUGAUUAAUUAACAACAAAAAAAAAAUACUAGUAUAAAAAUCAUUGUCAUUCUUUCAUGCUAUGUACUCUUGUUUAGACUGUCCCACAACUGUAUGUAUUAAAUAUCAGUUCAAGUUAAAAACAAAAAUGAAAUCAUGCUUAUUUAGAGCAAUAGCAAACUCUUUGAUUGUAAUUCUAAAGAAAAAAAUUGAGUUAUAAAACACUUAUGAUUUGUUGUAUGAAAAUCCUGUUAUAUCUAGCCAUUAAUACUAUACACAUUUUAUUUUUUUCUCAUUCAACUGCCAUUGUAUACAUUUAUAUAUUUACAUGAAAGCACAUAAUGUGUGUAUAAAGGUGUACAUAAAUUAACAUUGUCUUAUCAAAGAAAUUAAUUAGAAUAUAAAAAAUUUUGGGCAUAAUUCUUGUUUCAUUUCACACACAAAAAAAUAUUUUAUUUAAGGAAUAAUGAAAAUAGUUGAGCAUGUUUUGUUUUGGUUUACUUGUGUUUUUAAAGUAAGAUUUAUUGAUUUAUUGAUUUUUGUAGUUAACAAAAUGGACUUUUUUUUUUCAAUGUUAAUUUGCAUAGGGAUUUAUAAAUAUAACAAGAACUUUAUUUUUUGCUUGUAGGUAUCUUUUUUAUUGGACUUGUAAAUAAUGUUAUUAAAUAUUCUGUCAUAUUGUGCAUUAGGUGUAAAUAUCAAUAUUUAUAAUAAAUAGUUAUGGUUUAACAGGAUGUUUUUUAUGGGCAACUAAAAUGUUCUGUAUUCUUAGUUGUACUUUCAUGGAGUUCUGUGUGUCUUAGAAGAAAACAAAAUAAUGCUAUAAGUUGGAUUUUUUUAAAAUUUGUACAUACAUGUAAUUGUUUUUGUUUUUUUUAAUUAUUAUAACUUUUGUUUUGUUCCCUCUCAUUUAGUUUUCACCUUUAGUUGUGGUUUAAGGAAUAUAUAUUAUAGGAAAUAUUUGUUUUAAAGUAUUAUUUAGAAUAAAUACUAUCUUGCAGACAAUGCAUAUCUUGUAUAAAUGGUACUAUUUAUCUGAGAGCAAAGGGUUCUUUCUUUUAAGUAUCCCCCCCCCCCAAAAAAUGUAAAAAAGAAAAUAAGCAUUUGUUGUUACUGCUUAAAUAUUAGAAUUGUUUUAAUUAACACAGCCAUAUUUUUUUUUCUUAUUUUAUUAAAGAUACUGAAUGGUCUUGUUUUUUUUUUAUGGUCUAUUUUGUAAAAUAUUUGUGCGUUGUUCAAAUUUUAACUUCUAGUGAUUCUGAUUCAAUAUUAUUUUGUAUAAAUUCUUUUAUGUUUUAAUCUAAAAUUGUUACAAAUAUUUCAAGUUAAAAUAAUAGAAAUAAAUUAUUAAAUUCUUGACCAAUAAA